AUGGCUGCCCAUUUUGCUUCAACCAUCAAUGUCGUAUCAUCGGACGAUGAACCCAUUACUGCCCCUCAGAAAUUAGUUACCCGAACCUACCAUUCAGUCCAAUAUCCCAACUCAAUCGAACUCGAUAAUCUACAAUGGGAACAUAAUAUUAAUAGACCAUCUGCUUCUGGGACUACGACACCUGGAGCAGAACCUGUAUCCGGAUUCUCAACUCCAGGCUGGCACACGCCGAGAACUCCAGGCGACAUUGAGAUGAGCCGACCACCAACUCCAAAUAACGAGCCUGAAUAUAUUAAACAAAGUUUCUCCAAUCCUCCCAAGAAUAGGUUCAGAAUGAUUUCGACCUGUUUGUUGAACUUUGGUAACGGUUUGAGUGAUGCUGCGGCUGGUCCACUAAUUCCAAAGAUGAUCAUAGCAUAUGGGAUCCAAGAACGACUUGUCUCCCUUAUAUUCAUAACCCAAGCAAUAGGUUAUAUCUCAGCUGCCUUUUUUAUCGAUGCAAUCAGAGCUCGAUUCGGAAGAGCUAAAUCUAUCAUGUUUGCCGAAGCUCUCAUGAGUAUUGGCUAUGUGAUGAUUGUUACCAACCCUCCAUUUCCAGUUGUCGUCGCAGCAUUCCUAUUCAUUGGUUUUGGUAUGGCAACCAACUUGACAUUAUCGAACGUUUUCGCUGCCAACCUCGAUAGGGGUACCAGAAUGCUGGGCUUCAUGCAUGGUUCUUAUGGGCUUGGGGGUAUUAUUGCUCCAUUGGCAGCUACUGCGCUCGUUUCAGCUGGCGUUUCGUGGAGUCGCUACUAUUUCAUUCCACUGGGAAUGACUCUUGCAAACUUGGUCUUUGCUGGAUGGUCGUUCUGGGACUACCAAGAUCCAAAUGAAGUCCCACUGCUGAACAGAACCCCGUCAGGAAAUAAGACGAAAUUUAGUGCGGGGAAGGAAAUUAAAGAAAUGUUGAAAGCUGCUAAAUUAAGAGCCGUCUUGAUUGGAGCUAUUUUCAUUUUCUCGUAUCAAGGUGCUGAAGUUUCGAUCUCUGGAUGGGUUGUCUACUUCCUUCAACAAGUGAGAGGUGCGAACACUGAUGCUGGUUAUGUUACUGCUGGCUUCUGGGGUGGCAUUACGGUCGGUCGCUUCCUCCUAUCUCCAAUCGGUCACAAGAUUGGUGAAAGAAAAUUUGUCGUUAUCGUUGUGAUUCUCUCGGCUGUUUUUGAAGGGCUUGUUUGGGGUAUUCCCAAUAUCAUCGGAGACGCCGUUGCGGUUUCUAUCGUUGGUCUUCUUCUCGGUCCUGUCUAUCCAUGUGCCGCCUACCUCUUUACUCGCAUUAUUCCUCGCCAGUAUCAGACUAGUGGAAUGAGCGUCAUCAGUGCUCUUGGUAGUUCUGGCGGUGCCAUUGCUCCUUUCACCACUGGAGUAUUGGCUCAAGCUGUGGGCAAUUUUGUCUUGCAUCCUAUUGCUCUGGGCCUUUUUGUGGUCAUGAUGAUUUGCUGGUUCUUAUUACCAAAGCUGGAGGAGAAAAACGAGUAG